UGCGCGCCUUCAUUUCACUCACAGCUUCAGGAAGAUCAGAAUAGGUUCUUGCUUCAACAGUGAUUGAACGGAACUUCGAUCUUUAUUUAAAUCUAUUUAAAUUUCUUAUUUAUUUUGCACCAACGUUGUGAUAAAAAAACCCGCUGAAAUGGAGACUUCUCAGAUUCGCCAGAACUACGACCGCGACUGCGAGGCUUUGAUCAACAAGAUGAUCAAUCUGGAGCUUUAUGCUUCCUACAUAUACACUUCAAUGGCUCACUACUUCAAAAGGGAUGAUGUGGCUCUUGCUGGGUUUGCCAAGUUCUUCAAGGAGAACAGCGAGGAGGAGCGCGAGCAUGCCGAGAAAUUAAUGGAGUUUCAGAACAAGAGGGGUGGAAAAAUUGUCCUCCAGGAUAUCAAGAAGCCUGAUCGUGAUAUGUGGGGCAAUGGACUGAUCGCUAUGCAGUCUGCUCUUCAGCUGGAGAAGAACGUCAACCAGGCUCUGCUGGACCUGCAUAAGGUCGCCUCUGAGAAGAGAGACCCUCAUCUGUGUGACUUUCUGGAGACUCACUACCUGAAUGAGCAGGUUGAGGCCAUCAAGAAGCUUGGUGACCACAUCACCAACCUUUCCAAGAUGGAUGCUGGCAACAACAGGAUGGCGGAGUACCUGUUUGACAAGCACACCCUGGAAAGCUAAAUGCAGCUCUCAGAUCAUCUUACAUGACGAAAUCAUCAAGCUUAUUUUUUGCACUUAUGAAAAUGUAUAAAGUCUAAGACAUUAUAUGGUUACAUCUAGUAAAUGUCAUUUAAUAAAAGAUAGUCUUGAUUUUUAAGUAGUCAUCAGGCCUUUACUGUUGAAUGUACACUCAUUGGUUUUAAUCUUGUGAAUUUGAUGAAUAAACAUUUUGGCUGGA